AUGGUUAAAUUAACUGCAGAUUUAAUUGCUAUGGCACCGCAAUUUACCAACGCUGUCAAAGAUCGAGAGUUAGAUCUUCGAGGUAAUCGGAUUACUAUUUUAGAAAACCUUGGAGCAACUUUGGAUCAAUUCGAUACCAUUGAUUUCUCGGAUAAUGGAAUUAGGAAAUUAGAAGGGUUUCCGCUGCUACGUAGACUGAAAUGUAUCCUAUUGAAUAACAAUCAACUAUGUCGUAUCGGUUCUAAUUUAGAAGAUAGUCUCCCUAUGCUGGAAGAACUUAUUUUAACUUGCAACAAUAUGCAGGAAUUGGGAGAUAUUGAACCUUUGUCGACGGUUAAAACACUCAAGUCUCUGUGCUUAUUGAAGAAUCCUAUUGCAAAUAAAAAACAUUAUCGACUUUACGUUAUCUACAAACUGCCACACAUUAAAUUGCUCGACUUUCUAAAAGUAAAGGAAAAGGAGCGCAUCGCAGCUGAGAAAUUAUUUGCAGGUUCUCAGGGAAAAGAUUUACUGAAUGAAAUUGGCAAAAAGAGUAAAACAUUUAUGCCUGGGGAAAAACUUGAGGAGGCUAAGGCUGCCGUUACAAACUCUCAUGCGAAUGCUAUCAAGGAAGCUAUUGCUAAAGCUAAUACUUUAGAAGAAGUACAACGACUGGAAGUGAUGCUGAAAGCUGGCCAAUAUCCUGAUAAUAUCAUUGCAAGCGAUAACGCUGGUGGUGACGAGAUGGAAGUUGAAGAAGUUGAAAUGGAAAGCUAA